AGGUGCAUGCAAUAGACCACUCCUUAAAAGAAGAAGAAGAAAAAGAUCUAAACAACAAGGAAAAGAGACGUGUUUAUGUUUGUUUACUGUCAGACGAAAAACUGAAAGAAGAAGUCAAGAUGACAAAAGACAACUUAGGUGACAUUGAAAUCAGAAAGCUGCCAGCUGGUUCAUUAUUCAAGUUGUGCUCAAUCUUGGACUGUGGUGAUGAUUGGAAGCAGUUAAUGUCUGUCAUCCCAGUGGCGUGUAAAGAGGGCAAUCCUCCUAAGUACACUGUUGAACACAUGAAGUUGAUCGAGACUGCUGGGAUGUGCCAGAAGCGCCCAUACUCGGAAAUCUUGCUGGAGGAAUGGGGCACGAGUGGGAAGUGUCGUCCGACGGUCUCGGUGUUGCUGCAGUGCCUGCUCAAGGCUGAGCUUUACAGAGCUGCAGAUUUUGUGGCAGUUCAGUUGCUUAAGGGCCCUCCACCUCGAAGGCCUGAAUCAGGACCUGCAGCUGCUGUCGUAUAUCCUGAAGAGCCAGCUUCAAGGAAGGACCUUACUGUAGCCUCAGUCGACAAUAUCCCUAGUGCUCCUCCACUUCCAUCUGAUAUCGUUACCGUCACACCUCCACCACCCAGCACACCUCCUCAUUUGAGCGUCACACCGCAGUUUCCCUCACCACCGAGAGCUGCUACACCACAAAAUCCCACAGUCUUGGUGGAACCAGAUACGGGUGAUGUGGAGAGAGUGAGUUACUCAAUUCUAGAAUCAGCUACGGAGAACUUCACUGAGUCCCGUAUUUUGGGCGGCGGUGCUUAUGGGUCCGUCUACCAGGCCUGCCUGCCCCGCCUCGGAGCUGUGGCGGUCAAACGUUUCCAUCCCAAUGAUGUGUUGGGCAACCCACAGCAGCAGUUCUGCAACGAGGUGCAAGUGCUGGCCCAGCUGUCCCACCCUAACCUAUUACCACUACUGGCCUACUCCGACGACGGCCCAGCUCUCUGUUUGGCCUACAAGUACAUGAGACACGGCUCCCUCCUGGACCAGCUUGCUAGCCAGGUCUCGCUGGCAUGGAGGACCAGGGUUGAGAUAGCAAAAGGCACAGCUCGAGGCAUCUGUCACUUGCACUUGGCUCUGCAGAAACCUCUCGUGCACAGAGAUGUAAAGUCAGCCAACAUCUUGCUUGAUAACAACUUCACAGCCAAGCUGGGAGACUUUGGACUGGUGAAACUGGGAGGGAGCGGAAGCAACAGCCGAUCUGUCAUCAUGACAACAACGGUUAUCGGCACCUCUGCAUACAUGGCACCUGAGGCCCACAGGGGUGAUGUUUCUGUCAAGAUGGACAUCUUCAGUUUCGGAGUGGUUCUGUUGGAACUCUUGACUGGACUGCCUCCUUACGAUGGAACAAGAGAGGGCCAUGACUUGAUAACUCAUGUAGAGGACUCCGAUGACAGAGAAGCUAUGGUUGACGACAAAGCCGGGAACUGGCCUCCUGAAGUUGUUACCAAAAUGUUCGAACUUGUAGAUUUAUGUUUGUUGGAAAAACGCAAGAGGCCAAACAUCUUACAAGUUAUUGAAAAACUUGACUCUCUUUUAGCAUAAUUUAACACGUGUUCAAGUUUGUUUGGUGAUUUGGUGAUGGAUUUUUCAUUACGACUCAUACAGGUACCUGAUGCAGUGCUGUGAUAUCAUAAAGCACAAUUUCAUCUUUCUUUUAUGAAGUUAAAGUAAUAAAAACAAUGUGUAAGAGGAAAAACGUGUCAUCUUCGGAAGAAGCUGCCUGUCACCUAUGAUAGAUGUAAAUUUUCCAUAUUGUGGGAUAGUAGUAAAAUACUGAUUUUCUUGUUAACCCCUUAACGGCUUAUUAGAAUGGCAAAAAUUAACAAAUUGCUUAUUUUUUAUUACAUAUUUAAAUUAUUGAUCCCUUUAACUACAACAAAAUAAUUAUUUUUCGGCUUAAAAAUAUGCAAAAAUACCUUAUUGAAGGUUUUGUUGAAUUUCACUUAUAUAUUUUGAAUUAAUGAAAAUCAAGGUACACCAAUGUUUCAAACAUUAUAGACAUUAUUUACAUGCACUUGUAUGUGAAUGCUAGUUUUAGUAGUUUUUAUUUUUUCGGUAUGGAAAACCUUGAAGCAAGGAGCUGCACACAAACCUAUCACAAUCACUGUACUUAAGACACAAUUCUCAGGGUAUGUUAAGCUUCAAUAAGACUACAAAUCCAUCCCCAUGUAAGCCAAUCACUAGUAUGCCCACACAAAAUAGUGAACUACGUACUGGUAAUUAUUUCUACGUUUUUCCACUUGUUGAAUCACCACCGAUCACAAAUCAAAAUAAAACUUGGUCAUUGUUGCACAACGAAUUAACUUGUCUGCGGCAUUUUUUAGUCAUAAGUCAGUAAUGAAGUAACUCAGUAAAAGCCAUUAAGGAGUUAAGAAUUUAACAACCAUUUGUCUUUCGGGGUAACAUGAAGGUGUGCAAUAUAGCCCUCUUUUGAACGUAUCUAAGUAAGAUAAAGUGGCUUAAAUACAGCUAGCAGUGCUUUGUGCAAGUGCUCUGAAACAACUACAGUAUGUAUAUCCUGUCGAAGUUUGAGCUUAUAUAAUGUGUUAAUGUUCAAUACUUUUUAUAUAAAAUUUGUAAAUAAAAAUUGUUAAAUAUAGUUUUAUGACUUGUAAGUUUCUUUAUACAUAUGUCUGGAAAGAUAGUUUAUGAAACCAGCUGUUAAUAAAAUAUAAAAAGGG